GUCAAGUCGCUGUACUCAUGUGUCUUUGUGCACGGAGAUGGCCUCAUUGAAUCGAGGAAUACACCAGUAAACGAAGGAUAAAUUUAUUUCAGUUUUUGGCUUAUUCUUCAAUAAUAUCCAAGGAUGGCGGGUGCGGAACGUCGAAAAAAUCGUAAAACUAAAAGAGGUGAAAACACACUUGAAAGAGAGGAGGAAAAUAAACCAGGAAAUAUUGAUGUUGACAAUAUUGAUCAGAGACCCCAUUGGUUCACAGUUCUAUGGACUAAACUUUUCAACAUCACAAACUGGAUAGUUAUCGGUCUUCUGAUCGUUAUGAUAAUAUCCGAUGGAACUUUAAUCAGAAUUGUUGAUUUUGUAUUUGGAACACAGCUUUUCAGGAGAUUUUACAUGACACAGCAACCGCCUCCCUCUGGGCCUCCUGAUCCAUCUCAAUUGGAAGAAGAAAUAAAGAAUUUUAAGCCAACAAUUUUAAACAAACUUGAUAUGAAUGAGAUAUAUUUGUAUAACAAACUAUUGCAGCCACAAGAGAUUUCAAAUGAUUUAAGCAGAGAAAGUUCAGUCAGAAUUUUCUUGAUUGAUGACUUUCUCACUGAGCUAGAAUGUGAUGGCCUUGUAAAGGCACACCAUCAUCAUGUAGAUGAGAUGUCAAAAGAAAGUCCAAUAUUAUGCUUUGAUAGCAUAGAUACGCUGCAUAAACAUCUCAAAGACAUUGAUAAGGAACAUCUGGUCAAACUAUGCAAUGAUAUUGAAGUGUUUACAACUGGGACACAUUGUUUAAACAGUUCGUUCUCUGCUGAGUUGACAAAUUCUAUGCAUCAUCAAUGGAGCUAUAGCACUGCCUUUUACCUGGGGGAGAGCAGGUUUUCACAUUCCUUUGGAAAGAGAGUCUAUGAGGCCACAGGCCUGAUGGCUUCUAAUGGGGGCAAGUUCCAGAUCACCUCAUAUCCAGAGGGUGUAGGUUACAAGACCCACACUGACUGUACACUGAAUACUGAAAAGCGUGACAGGUUUGCAACAAUUCUGGUAUAUCUGGAUGAUGUGGAGGAAGGUGGAGAAACAAACUUCCCAAAGCUUGGGAUCUCAAUCAAACCAAAAAAGGCUCAAGCGUUAGUAUGGACCAACAUGGAUGAGGAUGGCAACUGUGACCCUAUGUCCAUUCACGAGGCUAGCAAAGUGCAAGUUGGCAAAAAAUAUAUUCUGCAGAGAUGGUUUUACUAUGAGAAUUUCUAUUCACUUGGUAGGCGUCAGAAAGAGCCGGAUAUUCCAGAAAGGUCACCAGGUCAAGGGUAUGUGUCAUGUGAUGCGUAUGAUCAUGGAAGCUGUAGAUGGUAUGAUGAAUGGGGAUAUGAUCAUAUUGUGGACUACGUAGCAAUGAAACACAAACUUCACUAAGUGCUAAAGGCUGCUCCUGUAGCAGAUGUUUCUCUUCAAGGGGACAUUGGUUUAUCUUUUAAAACAAAGUGGUCCUUCGGGAGACAUAGGCAAAGACAUAGCAGCAUUUGUUUAUUGUUGUAAGGUACUUUGUUAGCCAAACAUAUGACCCUCUCCCUCCUAUGACUCCGUGCACCUAAAUGGAACUCUGGGGAGAGGAGUUGUUUUGGAAUUUAGUUUUUCUUAAUGAAUUCAAACUAGUGGUGGAACUUGCACAAAAAAUUCAAGUCAAAGUAGACAUUUCAAAUGCACUUCUGAGAUAAGUGGCAAUCACCAAAAUGAGGCAAGUUCCGGUGACAUUUAACUUGCUCCCCCAAUUAAAUAUUGCAUGAGGAAUAAUGGGGAACUAGUGUUAACCAAGGCCUGGUCUUGCAACUCAUCCUAUCACUGAUCCCCAUCUAUUCCCCAUAAAUUUUUCACUUCUGGUAAUUAUCCCAACGAACGAAGUU